AAGGGGGAAGGGAGGGCUUCAGUGUCUUCAGGAGUGAGCCACGCGCGUGCGCGCACCGAACAGAGCGGAGAGGUCAUUUCCCCCCUCCCCUCCGCCACCGGACUGAGCAAGGAAAUCAGAGUGAGGCUAGGCGUGCAGCGUCACGGCCACGGCUUCAAGCCUCGCCCAGCCAGAGACAGUGAGGAGGGAGUCUGUGUGUGUGCCCGAGGGGGGGGCGAACAGAGGGUUUGGCCGGGGAGGCGGCGACGGACGCAGGGAGCGGCAGCGCCGUCCGGUAGGUAGAGGCGUCUACAGGAAUAAGGCGGGUGAAGAGAGACGGAAAAGCAGGUCCGGCGUCGAGCGGGUAUUGAGGUGUUGACUCAACGCUUGCACCAUGCGUGAAUAUAAACUAGUGGUUCUUGGUUCAGGAGGUGUUGGAAAGUCUGCACUGACUGUACAGUUUGUUCAAGGAAUAUUUGUUGAAAAGUAUGAUCCUACGAUAGAAGACUCCUACCGAAAGCAAGUUGAAGUAGAUGCACAGCAAUGUAUGCUUGAAAUCUUAGACACCGCAGGAACGGAACAGUUUACAGCCAUGAGAGACCUCUACAUGAAAAAUGGUCAAGGAUUUGCUUUAGUAUAUUCCAUCACAGCGCAGUCCACAUUUAAUGACUUGCAGGAUCUAAGAGAACAGAUUCUUCGAGUCAAAGACACUGAUGAUGUACCAAUGAUUCUGGUUGGCAACAAGUGCGAUUUGGAAGAUGAAAGAGUUGUGGGAAAGGAACAAGGACAGAAUUUAGCAAGGCAAUGGAAUAACUGUGCAUUCUUAGAGUCUUCUGCAAAAUCAAAAAUAAAUGUUAAUGAGAUCUUCUACGACCUUGUGCGGCAAAUUAACAGAAAAACGCCAGUGCCUGGGAAAGCACGCAAAAAGUCAACUUGUCAGCUACUUUAAUAUAUGUAUGUACUGUAGCACUGAGCCAGGUCUGAAGAACUGUUGCUGACUACAACAGUGCCAGCAUUCCAACUUUUAUUAAAGCUACCAACAUCUUAACAUGGACUUUCCUGUGGUGGUACCCUUUAUGAAACGGAUGACAGCUACUACAUCAGUUUGCACAUUCUAAUCACUUUCCAGUGUCACGAGAGAUUUUUACUUAUAAAUAAUCUAAAUGUAUGCAACUGGUAAAACCAGAGCCUACAUCCAGUAUUACUGAUAAGAGACAUUGUUCAUCCACCAAUGUUGUACAUGUAUGAAAACUGUACUUUAUACUGCAACAAAUCCCAUACUUCCUAUUGGAGAGUACAAUAAUGUAAAUCAUGAAAGCACCACUAUUUUAGCGUAAUAAAAAAGUCCAAAGAGCUCCUAUAUAGACUACUCCAGAUAACUUUGCUUCAUUGGUAUUUGUAGCUUAUUGUAACUUUUUUAAAAGAAAUACAAGAUCAUCAUUGUAUUGUACAAAAGCGCUUUGAUUAACACAACAGCUAUAUAGUUUUUUAAUUUUAGGAUAAAAAAAACCUGUGGAGACAGUGAUCUAGUCUUUAAAAUGAGUCCUUUCAGUAUAAUGUCUGUCUAAAGACAUUGCCUUUAAUAUCUGUUGGGAAGGAAAUGUCCAGAUUUUUCAACCUUUUAUUGUAUGUUUCCUUUUCCUUGUUUACAUAGGGAACAAUGUUUAUAGUUGUGUGUACAGUGGGGGUCUACAACAAGAAGUGUAUAUUUUAAAACAAUUUUUUAAUGAUUUAACAAUUUUUUGUAAAUCAUUUUUGGGCUUCUGCAGCUGUAGAUUCUCACUGUGAAUUCCCUUGCUUGCUCAUGCAUAAGUGUAUUUGCAAUACCAAAUAUACAGGUUUAGUACUUUUGCCUGUUAGUGAUUGUUUUACAUGUGUAACGUUUUGGUUGAGAUGUUAAAUGGUGAACGAGUACUGUGGAUGUGAAUGUGGGAAGUAAUUUUAAUCAUGUGUAAUUGGUCCCAGGGCCUAAGUUGCAGUAAUUACCUUUUUGCUGAUUUAUUUAACAAUGCCUUGUUGCUUUGUAUGCAUUAACAUUUGGGUGUAAAGAUUGCGUGUAAAAUCCAACAGGGAGCCACAGUAUUUAAAUUGACCAACCUAAUGUUACAACUGCUUUGAGGUGGCCAAAUGUAAACUAAAAGCCUUAAUUAAAAGUGGUGCAAUUUUGUAUGACUUAGCAUCAGUAGUUCAAUAAAUUUGGAUUGCCAUGCAAGGGCUUGCGUUACAACUACCUGUAACUGAAUGUUUUGUGUAAUGUUGCAAUGAGAUCAGUAAUGUGUUAAAAUGUGUUUUGGGAAAUUAGAAUUUGAGACCCCAAGGAACCAUUGUUUGUUUAUCUUAUACAAGUCAGACCAUUUACACAUUCUCCUACAUAAUCAUGACAGCGCUGUGAUCACUCAUGUUGCAGUAAUGUACAGGUUUCAGUGGAAACUUUCCAGAGUUGGGUCAGUCUCCAUUGCUGAGUAUCUUUGUUAAGAAAUGUGAAUUCUUCAAACUCUGCUGUCUCAUUGUGGAGCAGGAUAGAGAAGGAAAAAGGAAGAUGUAUUGUUCUAUCAACUUAGGCCUAAGAGAAUACUCCUGGAAUAUGCCAAACCUAGAACUAUGUUAAGUUUACAAAUACUUUGGGGCUUGAAAGACAUCAGAUGCCCAAACUUAAUUGUCUUACAAGCUGCUUGUUUCUAGAUAACUCAAAACUACUUCAGUUAUGCAUUAAAAACAAAAACAAAAAACCUAUAUAGUCUGCUUUUUCCAUUGUAGAAACUACCAGGCUAAUUGAGCCACAAGCCCAUGAAGUGUGGGGUAUCUGAAAUGUACAGGCAAAAUGCCCAGAUGCUUACUGUAGUUCACAAAUAUGGAUUGUGCAAUUUGCAGGCACUUGAUUGUUCAAAUAUGAGUUGAGUAUGUGUUUUUAUCCUGGCAACUGAAGUCCAGUCUCAAGAAUCUGGAACUGUUAUUGAAAGAAUUGUUUAUUUCACAAUACUGAAUUGCAGCAUUGAGAUCUUUCUAAACCUGAGUCAAGAAACCAGCUGUAUGCAGAUAGAUAUUUUGCCAUUUUUGGAUAAAGCUGUGAAGCGGAUAACAUAGGCAGAUUAUACUAUGGUCUGGGUUACUGAAUAGGUGGUAGCUUCUUGCACCUUGUCUGGCUUUAAGAACUGGAUCCAAACAAUACUGAAAUAAUGCUCAUUAACAUCCUUUGAUCUGAAAGAAGUGUAUUUUUUACUGUUAAAGUCUGGCAGCUCUGUUAAUGAGCGAGUAUAACUUGGGCGUGCUCCUGUACUUACUGGUAGUCUGGACAGUCAGAGGACAUGCCCCUGGUAAGGAAAUUCUUUCUGUAAGUUGGACUGGACAAUUAUUACUCAUACCAUCAUAACCUCAAUUGGCUGAAUGCAAUGUACGUCCAUAAGGUUGCCGUUAAAAAGUAAUGGGUUGUCCAAAGCUUGGUGGAUUCACAAUCUAACAUAUUUGUGCUUCAGAGUCGGCAUUGGGAUUUGGUAUAGUUUUCUAUGCCAAUUAUGUUGCGACUACUUCCUUUGCCUAUAGUGGAGGAGGGUAACGUAUAGGUUGCUCCUCCUACUCCAUUUGGCAGGACUAUAUAAAACAACCUUGCAUACUCUACCCUGUGUGUGGGAGACCCUUUGCUAGUUCCAGUCCUGUGCGCCAUUUGGCAGAGCUCUGCCAAUUGUGGAACAGCUGGGCUUUUUUCCUUCUCGCUGUCACUUGAUUUGCAUAGAAAGGAUGGGGGGAAAGCUAGCAGAGAAGUAUAGCCUAUCAAACCUAACCUUCCCCUCGCAUUCAUUGCUCACUUUUUUUUAAAAAAAAAGACUAAUAUUUCUAGGUUAGUUCAUCAUACCACCUAUCUUCCAUGAUGGUCUACUUUCUGUCUCCCUUGACGCAGCAAACCCAAGAAGAAUGUGAAAGGAGACUUGUUCUCAAAAGUGCUAAGAGGAUUUAUAGCUUAAGACAUUUUGGAAUUCAGGUUCCUUCUCAGGAGCAAUCUUAAACUUUUCACAACAUAAAUAUUGCCUAUCUACCACUAUGGUCUUCCUCAGAGCCAGAUAGGCAGCAAUAUUUGUGCAAGCUGUUUUAGCUUUCAGACAAGCACAUUCUGUAGAUUGCCUGUGAAGAACAAAGCUGGGUUACAAAAGCUGUAAUAAAUCCUCUUAGCUGAUGGGGAAAAUCUCCUUUUGCAUUCUCAACUGGCUUUUGUGCCUUAAGGGUGUGUGUGUUCACCUUAACUUAUCCAUAAUCAGUAGACCUGUGGUUCAACAUACUUCCAUGUACUAUAGUUAGGUAUAUUACUGUCAGGAUAUCUUAAAUUACAUUUGUACCUCUUGAGAAAAAACACACACAUGCAGCCCUGUCCUUGGGAGGUGCCUCUGUGUCAGGGAAGAUUUCAAUUCUGAAUGACUAUCUCCUAGCAUUUCUGACUAUCUCCUGGGUUGUCUGAUCAGUCUUGAGUAAGUGUGUUGGACUUGCCUAGAAAGAAUAGAUCUGUGCCUUAAAGUAUAAAAUGUUCAUCCCUACUGCUACACUGACGAUUGUUAAUAUGCAUUUUAGUGUAAAUCCUAUAGCUUGCCCAUCCCAUUCUUUCAGUGACAUAAUGUCUUCCAAAUUCUUGCUCUGUAAGAGAACUGUUCCUUCUCUCGCUAAUUUCAUUGUAAAGGGUGAAUAUUUAGGAAUUGAAAUAUUUUAAUGCUAAUAAAGAAAAUUGUUUUUUCUUUGA